AUGUCAUUUCUAAAAUACGUCGAGUUCGCGAUAGCCAACGUGCAGUGUCAAUACGAUGGAAGUGAUUCUGAGAAAUCUGAAGGGUCAAUACGCACUACGGGCGUCACUGGAGAGCACAACUAUGACGCUAGAGACGAGCCCCCGGCGUUUAUUAUACAGCAAGUGCCAACGCCGCCAACAUCGCAGUCCAAAGGUCCGUUUGUAGAAGUGAGACCUACCAUCAUGACUAUUGGCCCAGGGUAUGGGCCCUCCGUCAAUGUGAUACACGUCGGGGACCGACCACCGACCAGCCAAUCCCAAGGCCCAGAAUUCAACAUGAACAAGCGAAUCCGGCGCAGCGAGGUAGAGCUGCGUCAGGCGGCCGACUGCGUCAGUCGAGGGCUCACCUUCCAAACUGUGUCUGAGCAGUUUAACAUCCCCAUAUCUACUAUUCGUUUCUUCAUGGCGCGCAAAGGCAUCUUACCGAGGCGGAGGCGAGGACGGAGUGCUCAAUUUAGUCGCCAAUCCACUAGCCCCGAGCCACCUUUUCACAUGCAACACUUCAAGUUGCCCAACAUGCUCGCGUUGCCGGCCGAAGAUGACCCCCCGCAAACCUAG